AUGGCCCCACGUGAAUGUCCCAUACUGGUGUGGAUGCUAUAUCUUAAUCGUGAAUACUCGAAAGCCGAAUACGAUGCGUGUUUUACCUGUUUGCAAUCCUGUGUUCCAGGAUUCAACAUACCGUACGCUCCCCGAGAAGCAGAUUCUUUUCGAUACUGCAUAACACAGCUUCUUCCACUUCUCAUGAUGAGACAUCGACGGAUACCAAGAGCGAAAUGGAGGGAUAAUGUUACUUCGAACGGAAAACACUGGAUAGAACAGGUGUGUGAUACGAAAGGGUCUGCGCCUCACUUUUUGAGAAUUAUUUCCACUCGGAUCACCUCCACUUGA